CUGGAAGCUUGGAACUGCUCUUCAGAGUGAGCGUCUCUCUCACUCUCCCCAGUCGUGAAGUCAGAGAGCAGAGGAGGAAGGGAAGGCAGACAGACCGAGGGAGGUCUGACGACACCAUCCCUGCUUACCCGCGGCACCUACUUUAAAUGCACAGACUGAUAAAUGCAAGCACACAGCCUGGUCACAUCUGGCUUUGAUUUUACUGGAGGAACAUCAAGAUUUAUUACCAAGCUGUCAUUCUGCAAGAGAUGUGUGCCAGGACAAAAACUUAAAGGAGCUUUGGAAACAUAGCACGUGUAAGUGUCCAUGGCAAAAGAGUCGGCAGUAGCUCUCAAUGUUGGAGGUCCAGUGUGAGGAUGGAUGACACAGGUUCCAGGCUAACGGUGUUCUUCACCGUUUUCUGAUCCGGCUUCAAAGGGAACAUCCAGCCAGAGGAAGAAGGAGCAGCUAAAUACGUAAGAACUUAAUUCACCUGCACCACUUUUGAAAUGAUGCUGUGGUACAACUUUGGCCACCACUUGCUCUCGCUGGCGGCCGUUCUGGUGAUUGUGAGCUGCGGAGGAGGGGAGCAAAGGAGAGGGACGGAUAGCAGCACCAGCAGCACAGGUGGCAGCAGCGGCAGCGGCAGCAGCAGCAGCAGCAGCAGCAGCAGCAGCAGCAGCAGCAGUAGCAGCAGCAGUGGAGGAAGUAGUGGUAGUAGUGGUAGUAACUACAGCAACAGACGUUUUCAUAAGAUCCAGCACGGCCAGUGCACCUACACGUUCAUCCUACCUGAGGGAGAUGGAGCUGGAGGAGGCUCCUGCAGGGAGGCGAAAGCCGGUAGCCCGCAGUACAACGCCAACUCUCUCCAGAGGGAUGCCCCACCACCUGAGCCAGAGUUUCCCAGCCAGAAGAUCCAGCAGCUCGAGCACAUUAUGGAGAAUUAUACCCAGUGGCUACAGAAGAUUGAAAACUACAUUAAAGAGAGCAUGAAGGCAGAGAUGGCUCAACUGCAGCAGAGUGCUGUCCACAACCACACGGCGGCCAUGUUGGAAAUGGGCACCAAUCUCCUCUCUCAGACAGCUGAACAGACACGCAAGCUAACUGACGUCGAGACGCAGGUCCUGAAUCAGACGUCGAGGCUCGAGAUCCAGCUGCUGGAAAAUUCUCUCUCCACGAACAAGCUGGAGAAAGAGUUAAUGGUCCAGACCAAUGAGAUCAGCAAACUGCAUGACAAGAACAGCCUCCUGGAGCAGAAGAUGUUAGAGAUGGAGAUGCGACACCAUGAAGAGCUGGAGACGCUGAAGCAGGAGAAGGGAAGCCUCCAGACCCUGGUAGGGAGGCAGAGCGGGGUCAUCAGGGAGCUGGAAGCCCAGCUGAGCCGAGCCACAGGAAACAGCACAGCCCUGCAGAGACAGCAGCAGGAGAUGAUGGACACCGUCCACAACCUGCUCAACCUCUGCUCCAAAGAUGGAGUUGUUCCGAACAGUACGAAAGUUGUGGAGGAAGAGAAGAAGUUCCGCGACUGUGCCGACCUCUACCAGGCUGGUUUCCAUAAGAACGCCAUCUACACCAUCCAGAUCAAUUCCCAGGAUACCAAAAAGGUUUAUUGUAACAUGGAAACAGCUGGUGGUGGAUGGACUGUCAUCCAGCGUAGAGAAGACGGCAGUGUGGACUUCCAGAGAACGUGGAAGGAGUACAAGACGGGCUUUGGGAGCGUGUCUGCAGAGCACUGGCUGGGGAACGAGUAUGUUUACCAGUUGACUAGCCAGAGACAAUAUGCUCUCCGUGUAGAGCUGACAGACUGGGACGGACACCAGGCCUUCUCUCUAUAUGACCGCUUCCAGAUCGGCAGUGAGAAACAAAACUACAGGCUGUUCCUGAAAAGCCACAGUGGGACCGCCGGCAGACAGAGCAGUCUAGUAAUCCACGGAGCAGACUUCAGCGCCAAGGACAUGGACAAUGACAACUGCCUGUGCAAGUGCGCCCUCAUGCUUACAGGGGGUUGGUGGUUUGACGCCUGUGGCCCGUCCAACCUUAACGGUAUGUACUUCACCCAAGGACAACACAUAGGGAAGUUGAACGGUAUCAAGUGGCACUACUUCAAGGGCCCCAGCUACUCUCUACGAGCCACGGCCAUGAUGAUCCGCCCACUGGACUUCUCUUAGUCUUUUGAACUCGUGAACCUUCAACUUCUGAACGGCUACGUAGCACAUUAGAGGGACGCUUCCUAUUUUAACCUCUUGUCUCAUCUCAUUUCGCCGGCCGUUGGGAGUCAUCCAGUAAAUCUUUUAUUCAACCUGGUCCUUCCCCAGAGCAGCUGAUACUGCUGCGCUACUGUUGCUUCAUAACCUUUCCCCUCAUUGAACUGAAAAGCAGCUGUGGGGAGGAAGAUGCGGUUCACCUGAACUGAUUUCUGUUCCAAAACAAGAUUCACACUUUUUUUUAAGGACAAAUGUGUUCAGGUGUGUUUUCUCACACCUGGGAUUUGUGCACAUUUUGAGCACCAUAUAGGGUGAAGCAUGAUGUCAAACCACAAUUCUUCCAUGUUCCUGGGGACCUGUGUUGUAAUAAUAUGGAGGGCUUGAACUCUUCUGAAUGCAAAGCAGCUAUCACAGAGCAGCAGUGACUCUUAACCUGCAGGACAGAACAUAUCUGGAACGCUUUAAGAAGACAAAUUAGAGAUAUGGCUUCUUCUUUUUUUUUUUGUAUUAAAAUGUUGCCCACAGAAUACGGCUCAUAAAUAUUGCAACUGUAUUAUAUUUUGUGUUUUUAGUACUAUUUUCGUUAUUCCAACUGUAUACAAUAUCCAAAGUGAGAUAAGUGUCUUUUGUACUGUACAGUGUAUACUGAAUUUCUAUCUGCAUCAUGUAUCAAACGCACGUUCAGUUUUUAAAGUGACCUUGAAGUCAAGUGAUGACGUGCAGUCGGUAAUAGUUACGAGGGUCACUUGCAGUGUUUGCUGGCAGUUACACGCUUGCUGUCUUGACAGAGUGUGAUUAUUUUUAGAGUUCAAGAUGUGAGGUUAUUAUUGGAUUAGAUUCUGGACCCGGAUCCUUUUGCCUUUAUUAUUGGCUGAGAAACAUCUAAUACCUGCCAAGGUUCAGACUGUGAGUGAUCACCUUACCUCUGCGGAACAGGAAAAACAAGGACAUUAUUUCAGUGGAAUUUAAUUAGUUAUGCGUUACAAUUACAGCUGUGUGCGUAUGGGGGGUAAGAAAAUGCACCUUUGCAUAAACAAGUGAUGCGUGUUGUCAGAAAUACACAGAUAUGCAGUAUAUUCCUGAGUGUAAUGAUGAUGCACCACGUCGUGACCCUUCUUUAAUCACUAAGAUGUAAAUGCUUAUAUUAAGCUGUUGUCACUCACACAGACACUCACAGAGGAUGAGGUUGGAGUUUUUAACUGCAUCUCAUUUCUUAACUGCAGAGGACUUUAUAAACCCCCCCCCUGGUCCUUUCAGUUUCCUCAUAUCCUAACCUCUGACCUUCAGACAAACAGCAGAUCAUUAAGACAAGUUACAUCCAAAAUAUUUUUCACACACAUAUUAUUACAUUACACGGUAUCACACUCCAGCCAGGUUCUGUUUCUCAUCAAUGCAAGUUAGAAGAAAAAAAAAAAAAGGAGCUGGAGUUGGAUAUGAAGCAUGAAAUUAAUGAUUCCACCAAGUGAUCCAUGUGAACACAUAUUUCAUAACUUCCAGCUUAUAACAACAGAAUCUACUGUGGAGUAUUUACUAAAGGUACAUGUGGCGAGAAGAUAAAGUGUAUCUGGAACUUGUAUAACUACAAUUGACAUGUUUAUUAGCAUACUAAAAUUGUAUAAUUUAACGUGUGUACGUAAAUCAGCUUUCCUGAGGAAAGCUAUUCUUUUUUUUCUGUUUAUACUCUGCCAGAAGUACAAUGGUGUUUUUGAAGUUGAGCAUAAAACAUAGGAGUUAAGAUAAUAACCCUGGAGAAAUGUGCCUUUGAUAACUCUGCUUUUACCUCAUUCAAAUCUAGAUUUGCAGAUUUAUUUAAACAUCUUUUUGUAACAUGUGGUCAGUGUUGUGUUGCUAGAUUAAAUAAAAGAGCAUGUGAUGCACUAAUGUUUUCAA